AUGGUUAUUCUUGUCUGCAGCGAAAAGCUGACUGAGACCUUGAAGACAGUCGUUCCUUCAUUUCAAGGUCUGCUAGUUUCAAAGGGCGUUGCAGGUCUCGUCGCUCAGCAAUGUCAGAAGGCUGUUACAGGCUGUUACAAUGCGUGUUUCUAUACUCCACAACUUGCCUCCAAAUAUAUUGGCAUUGUGGGAUGCAAGGAACGUUCUCAGGUACCACACAUACCGAGCUCUUACGUUUUGAGCUACGUCAUUCGCAAGUGGCUAUUAUAUCUCAAAUCUGUUUGGAACGCGUCGCGCCGUCUUCCCUUUCCAUUCGGUUCAUUUCCUUCAGGCUAUACGAUGAACGCUGCUCACUACAUCACACGAAUGUCUCGUCCUGAUACGUAUCCCGUGCACCACCUGUCCGCUGAACUCUCUGAGCGGCUCAAGGAUCUCCUGGACCAAGCCGGGCUCGGGAUUAUACGGCCAAAUUCUGUAUCUCAGUUUGCUCAGCAUGCCCCCGAGUUGGCAAUCUUCCGCAAGGCUAUGGCGCUGAGCAACUGGAAGGAUGAUAUAGAAUUCCUGCGCAACUUCCGAAAGAUUGCCCUACUUUUAGCUGUUUCCAACACGACAACUGGAAAAGCACCAAAGACAUUCCCAAUUUAUCAACUUGCCCCGCACCUUUUGCAUCACCCUCUAUAUUUCUCGCUUCCCCAUCCAGAGGGUACUACCUUAUCACCAUCUUCUUUGAGUUUUAGGAAAUCCCAUCGCCCUGCUUUCCCUUACCGUCGGAUGACAAUUAUCCGCUUCCUGUUUGCCAAUGUAUUCGUCGACUUUUGCAGUACGUAG